AUGUAUCGUCUAUCGAUUAAAUGUACCCGCAAUGCCCUCUCAUCGGUGACUUUGACCAAAUUCAGUGUUAGAUGUUUGGCCACCACCACCUCCGUGGAUGGUGUUUUAUUCCCCACCAAAUCGGAUUUUCCCAGCCGUCAUAUUGGUCCCCGGAAAACUGAUGUUGUUUCGAUGUUAGAUACAUUGGGUUAUAAGUCCCUGGGUGAAUUGACCGAGAAAGCUGUACCCAAGAGCAUUCAAUUACAUCGUGAUUUGAAUUUGGAUAAGCCACUAAAUGAACACGAAUUGAUUGUUCGCAUUCGCAACAUUGCCAAAAAGAAUCAAAUAUGGCGUUCGUAUAUCGGCAUGGGUUAUCACAAUUGUCAUGUGCCCCACACAAUUCUUCGCAAUAUCUUUGAAAAUCCCGGCUGGACCACUCAAUAUACACCAUAUCAGCCGGAAAUAGCACAGGGUCGUCUGGAAUCCCUAUUAAAUUAUCAGACUUUGGUUUCUGAGAUGACCGGUCUAGAUGUGGCAAAUGCUUCGUUGCUGGAUGAGGGCACGGCUGCCGCUGAGGCAAUGUGUCUGUGUACCCGUCACAACAAACGCAAGAAGAUCUUCUUGUCGGAUAAAACCCAUCCCCAAACCUUGUCGGUUGUUAAGACCAGAGCCGAAGCUUUGGAGUUGGAAGUUGAAAUCGGCUCGAUUGAAAAUGCUGACUUGGCUAGUCGUGAAAUUUCGGGUAUCCUCCUGCAAUAUCCCGACACCUUUGGUGAUGUUAUUGAUUUUGAAAGCGUGGCCGAGACGGCCAGGAAGAAUGGAACUUUGGUAGUGGUGGCCACUGAUCUUUUGGCCUUGACAAUGUUGAGACCACCCGCAGAAUUUGGUGCCGAUAUUGCUGUGGGUACAUCUCAACGUUUGGGUGUACCCUUGGGUUAUGGUGGUCCUCAUGCUGGCUUCUUUGCCUGUAAGCAAAAUUUGGUUCGCCUUAUGCCUGGCCGUAUGAUUGGUGUUACCCGUGAUAUGGAUGGUAAUGAUGCCUAUCGUUUGGCUUUGCAGACACGUGAACAGCACAUUCGUCGUGACAAGGCCACCAGUAACAUCUGUACAGCUCAGGCUUUGUUGGCCAAUAUGUCGGCAAUGUAUGCCAUUUAUCAUGGCCCAGAGGGUCUUAAGGCCAUAGCCAAUCGUAUUCACCACUUCACAUUGGCUUUGCAGGCUGGUCUCAAGGAGGUUGGUCAUGGUGUUAACAAUAAACAUUUCUUUGAUACCCUCCAUGUUACCCUGAAGUCCGAUAUGACCGUUGAGGAACUAAAGGCUCGAGCUGAACAGAAACAAAUUAAUUUCCGUUACUUCCCCGAUGGUACGGUGGGUGUGGCUUUGGAUGAAACUGUUGGUCCCAAGGAUUUGGAUGAUUUGUUGUGGGUAUUUAAGGGUAAAACUUUGGAACAGGUGUUGGCAUCCAAUGACAUUUUGGGUACCUCAAUUGAACACACACCAUUUUAUCGCACCUCCUCUUACUUGACCCAUCCCAUUUUCAAUGCCUAUCACAGUGAAUCGCGUAUGGUACGCUACAUGAAGAAAUUGGAAAAUAAAGAUAUCUCCUUGGUCCACUCUAUGAUUCCAUUGGGUUCUUGUACCAUGAAGCUGAAUGCCACCACUGAAAUGAUGCCCUGCUCAUUCCGCCACUUUACCGAUAUUCACCCUUUUGCCCCCGUGGAACAGGCUCAAGGUUACCAUCAAAUGUUUAAGGAGCUGGAAAAUGAUCUGUGUGAAAUUACCGGUUAUGAUAGAAUCUCCUUCCAACCGAACUCGGGUGCUCAAGGAGAAUAUGCCGGUUUGAGAGCCAUUCGCUCAUAUCACGAACAACGUAAUGAGGGCCAUCGUAAUAUCUGCCUCAUUCCCAUUUCGGCUCAUGGUACCAAUCCUGCCUCGGCACAAAUGGCUGGCAUGAAAGUUGAACCCAUUCGUAUUUUGUCGGAUGGCAGCAUCGAUAUGGCCCAUUUGAAAGACAAGGCUGCUGAGCAUGCCAAUAAUUUGUCAUGCUUGAUGAUCACCUAUCCCUCGACCAUGGGUGUUUUUGAGCAGACCGUUGCCGAUAUCUGCACCCUCAUCCAUAAAUAUGGUGGCCAAGUGUAUUUGGAUGGUGCCAAUAUGAAUGCCCAGGUGGGUCUGUGCCGUCCCGGUGACUACGGCAGUGAUGUGUCACAUUUAAAUCUUCAUAAGACAUUCUGUAUUCCUCAUGGUGGUGGCGGUCCUGGUAUGGGUCCCAUUGGUGUCAAGGCCCAUUUGGCUCCCUUCCUACCCGGCCAUCCAGUCAUUAGCCCAUCCGGUAAUGAAGAAACCAGUUUUGGUGUUGUUUCCGCCGCUCCCUUCGGCAGCUCAGCCAUUUUACCCAUUUCCUGGUCAUACAUCAAACUUAUGGGUAGCCGUGGUUUGAAACGUGCCACCCAAGUUGCCAUUCUCAAUGCCAAUUAUAUGUCCAAACGUUUGGAACAGCACUACAAGACCCUCUACAAAGAUCCACAAAGUGGUCUAGUGGCUCAUGAAUUUAUUUUAGAUAUUAGAGAUUUGAAGAAAACGGCCAACAUUGAGGCAGUCGACAUUGCCAAACGUCUUAUGGAUUAUGGUUUCCAUGCACCGACAAUGUCAUGGCCCGUGGCGGGUACAUUGAUGAUUGAACCCACCGAAUCGGAAGAUAAGGAGGAGUUGGAUCGUUUCUGCAAUGCCCUCAUAUCGAUUCGUGAAGAAAUUGCACAAAUUGAAAAUGGUACAAUGGAUAAACAUGUAAACCCACUGAAAAUGGCACCACAUACACAAUCGCAGGUUAUUUCGGAUAAUUGGAAUAGACCAUAUAGUCGGGAAAUGGCCGCUUUUCCAGCAAUCUUCAUCAAACCCGAAUCCAAGAUCUGGCCCACAGUUGGUCGCAUUGAUGAUGCCUAUGGCGAUAAACAUCUUGUCUGUACCUGCCCACCCAUCCUACCCGAUUUGUAAA